AUGAAAAUGAACCAGAGAGACCAGAGGAAGAAAAAGAUAGUGCUCCACCCCCACCUGGAAGUGAAGAGGAAGCUGCAGAAAAUGGCAUUGUGAAAACGAAGGUGACAGAGGCUGAGGAUGACAGUGAUAGUGAUAGUGAUGAUGAUGAAGAUGAUGUUCAAGUCACCAUAGGGGAUAUUAAAACAGGAGCUCCACAGUAUAGUUAUGGAGCAGCACCUGUGAAUCUCAAUAUUAAGACAGGAGGGCGAGCUUACCCAUCUCCUGGUGCCAAAGUUAAAGGCGUGGAUCUAGAUGCACCAGGGAGUAUUAAUGGUGUGCCACUUCUGGAAGUAGAUUUAGAUUCUUUUGAAGAUAAACCUUGGAGAAAGCCAGGGGCUGAUCUCUCUGAUUAUUUCAACUAUGGGUUCAAUGAAGAUACCUGGAAAGCUUACUGUGAAAAACAAAAGAGAAUACGAAUGGGUCUUGAAAUUUUACCAGUUACCUCAACCACAAAUAAAAUUACGGUACAGCAGGGCAGAACUGGAAAUUUGGAAAAAGAGUUGGCAGUGCAGUCGACCAAAGCUGAUUUCACAUCUCCUCCUGCCUUAUUCAAAACAGGAAUUCCAGCAAACAGGCGAUUAUCUGGCGCAAUAGAUGUGAUUGGACAGACCAUCACUAUCAGCAGGGUGGAAGGACGACGGCGUGCUAAUGAGAACAGCAACAUACAGGUUCUUUCAGAACGAUCUAAUCCUGAAGUAGACAAUUUUACCAAGCCACCUCCAUUUUUCCCUCCAGGAGCUCCACCUACCCACCUUCCUCCACCUCCUUUCCUCCCACCCCCUCCAAAUGUCAGUACUGCUCCACCUCUGAUUCCCCCACCAGGUAUACCAAUAACAGUGCCACCACCAGGCUUUCCACCACCUCCUGGCGGUCCUCCACCUUCCCUCAUACCCACAAUAGAAAGUGGACAUUCUUCUGGCUAUGAUGGUCGUUCUGUUCGUGCGUUUUCGUAUGGCAGUGUCACCUUUCCACACCUUGCAGGUUCUGCUCCUUCAUGGUCUAGCCUUAUGGACACCAGCAAACAGUGGGAUUACUAUGCACGGAGGGAGAAGGAUAGGGAGCGUGAGAGAGAGCGAUCCCGAGAUCGGGAGCGGGACCGCGAGCGGGACCGGGAGCGGGACCGGGAGCGUACCAGGGACAGGGAGAGGGACCGAGACCACAGUCCAACUCCGAGCGUCUUCAACAGUGAUGAAGAACGCUACAGAUACAGAGACUAUGCAGAAAGAGGCUAUGACCGCCAUAGAACAAGUAGAGAGAAAGAAGACAGACACAGAGACAGGAGACACAGAGAGAAAGAAGAGACUAGACACAAGUCAUCUCGAAGUAACAGCAGGCGGCGUCACGACAGUGAAGAAGGGGACAGCCACAGAAGGCACAAACACAAAAAAUCCAAAAGAAGCAAAGAAGGAAAAGAAGCCAGCGGUGAACCUGCUCCUGAACAGGAAAACACUGAAGCUGCCCCUGUGGAAUAGGCUUGUGUGAUUUUUGCCUACUUGCAUAUAUAUUAGUGCCAGAGAUAGAUUACUAUAAAUCUUGUUAUUUUUCUGGGUAUUAAAAUAAUUUGCUCUUAAUCUUGUUCUGUUAGUUUGAAAUCAAGGGUUACUUUGGUUUUUUUUUGAAAAUAAAAGAACAAAUUUUUCAUGUUAA